AUGGCCAACGUUGCCUCAGAGAACUCUGUUCUCAGCGACACACGGAACUCGUGGCACUUGCCAAUCCGCGCCGAGUGCGAAUUCAUGGAGUCUCGGAACAGUUGCGACGACAAGCCGGCUCAGCACGGCCAGCACCGUAGAUCACGCAGUAGAGGCUCAACCCAAGACAAUCCCUGCCGGUCUGCUUCACAUUCGACUUCCCAUUCAAACCACGCGAACCAGAGACCGCCAGCGCCCGGAAUUCCACCGAUUUCCAUUCACCAGCCGCAUCCCUCCGGAGCGACCCAGGUUGAGGUUCUCCGCUGGCUCGACGACGCGGCGAAUGCGUCGAGGCGUUCUCUCAUAGCGGGGGAAGCGGACGCGGACGCGAGUGUAGCGAGUGAGCGACUCGACUCCUGCUCCACCAUGGGAAUCUGUAGCUCACACUCCAAGUUGGACGGUCAUCAUCAUGCGCUUCGGAGCAGCGUCAAGGCGACGCGUGCGCGACCCGCUACGGCUCCUCACGCGGACAGGCCGUUUACUCGCGACCAUCGUGGUGGUUCCGGUGGUUCCGGUGAUUCGGGUGGUUCUGGCUCAAGCGCUACGUCAGUCAUUCGCCUUGAUGGUAGUAACGGAGACAUUGGGAGACGGAGAGGGAUGGCAGGAGGCAGCGCGAUGACGCAUGCUUCUCAGGUGUCUCCUGAACACGCCGCUGUGCGACCGUCGUCCAGACGAAGUUCCAGAAAGACCGUUCCAUCGGACAACGCCGCGACUCAGCGGAGCAGUUCGCGACAGAUCACACUGGACGGGUCGCCUUCCCCGCCGCCAUCUGCGACGGACGAUCAGAGCAGCCCGUGCUACUCCGCCUUCCCGCAAUCCAGCUCCGACGGCUCUCAGUCACACCGCUCAUUGUCACACUCGAUGCAGUCACGCAUGCCGCGGUCGCAGAUGCAAGCGGAUGAAAGGGUUCAUCUCUGUGGCCAGGCGCUGUUUCCUCACUCCCAGUCUGAAUCGUGCGCUACUGGCAAGCAUCAGAGCCAGUCAAGGACCCGCAGGGAUGCUCGGUCUCCCCCCACCGCGCAGGAAUACCACCCUGCUCUUGCGAGCCACGGCGAGGUAUUACCCCAUAUAAGCACGUCCAAAAUCAGUGGCAACACCGCCGAGGGUGGGCACCAUGUCAGGCCCAGCCGAUCUCGCACAGAUGGUGAUAGCAGGCGCCCUCCCAGCAGGAGCUCAGAGAAGCGAUCUCAGCCGUCGGAAUUUCCACAGCCACAAUCUGCACCAGAUCUGCUCAUUUUGGCCAGUCCAGAGAGUUCCUUCGACGCUGCUACGAGUCAGCAGGCGAGUCCGGUUGAGGGGGAGCAACGCUCUGCUACGCCGCCUGUGCCAGAAACGGAUGUGACUGCAUCGAGGUCGGGAAAUGCAGAUGACGUGUGCACGGAGGGUUGUUGGAGUGAUUAUAAUGAAAUGAUGGUUGUGCGAGAGGGAAGCAGGAGUCACUCUGAGCGGCCAAAAACGACUCCUGCACCAGAUGAAAGGCAAGACUGGCAAGGACGGCUCGGCAGACCUAGUAGCUGUGAGGAUGGAUUGGAUGUUACCAGUGGCGAAGUGGCUGAUUCUGAUUGGCUGGCGGAGUGCAACGCAGGGAGUGAGAAGAUGGCGCUAUUCAAGCAGAAGCUGAAGGAUUUGAAGGUGCGGAGGCACUCGGAUGAUGGGGUGCUUGGAAACAAAAUGUCCCUCUUUCGCCUCAGACUCAAGGCGCUGAGAAUGGGAAGCGAGACGAGCAAUGAAGGGGAUGGAAAGGAUGAGCGGAGAAAGAUGGAUGAGUUCAGAAGCCGGAUAGGGGAGUUGAAGGUGAAAGGGCUUGAGAGAGAUGAGGAGAGGAGGCGGAAGGAGAAGGAGAGGCGGAGAAGUAGCAAGGAGGAAGGGAGAGGUGGAGGGAGAGGGGGAGAGAGAGGGGGAGAUGGAGAGAAGAGGCGGAGCAGGAGCAGGAGCAAGAGCUACGACCAGUCAGCAUAUGCAAGUAUGGCAGGCGAUUUGAGCGAGGACGCAGUUCACAUUAGAAUCGAUGGGGAGAGCAUGAGGUGGAGACUCACCCAAUCAGCCAGCUUCGGUGGCCGUGCUGCAGUCCCCACCGCACCGUCCGCUGCUGCGCUUACCCACACACACACGUUCCACAGCACCUCUGCUUCCGCCCAAGCUAUGGCAUCCGCUGCUGCUGCUGCUGCUGCCACUGCUGCUGGUGCUGCUGCUGCAGCUGGUGCUGGUGGGGGAGGUAGCAGAGGCAAGGCUCUCCCACCCGGCCUUCCUGCCCCGGUUACCUGCACCCGCAAACCCAGUGGGGCGCAUAGGCGCUGUGCGUCCUAUGGCGGGCAGGCAGUACAGGACAGGAACGGGUGCGUUAUGGGUCCCGCGGUACUGGAUGUGAAGGCAGGGCGACGGCAAAAAGGAGGUGUAGGGAAGGAGGGUGGGAGGGAGCCAAUCGCGUGUGGGCAGGGGCUAGAAGGAGGGUCUCAAGGAAAAAAGAGCUCCAAAAAGAACGUGCCUGAGGGAAAAGAGGGAGCGGAGGGAUCAGCGAAAAGAGUGAGAGCUGUGGCAGCGGGAAGCUGCCAAAAGGCACCAGGUAAAGCCAAGGCAGCAGCAGGAGGUGUGGGGGAGGGCGAUACAGGGGAGGGUGUUGGAGAAGGAGGUGCUGCAGUAGGAAGCAGACGGAGGCGGUUGAGGAAGGUGUUCUGCUUGGAUGCGCCUUCUGUCGUGCACGGCUGGUGCAGCGACGGAGAGGACUUGGGAGCUGAUUCAGACGGUGGGCUGUCUGAGGGAGAAAAGGGUGGGGAGGACGGAGAUGAGGGUGCUGCUGAUUCAAGCGUGCGAUCCAGCCAGCAGCAGCAGCAGCAGUAUCAGCAGCAGCAGCAGCAGCAGCAGCAGAAGAAGAUUGUUGGUGCAGGUUCUCGUCCCAGCACAGGUGGAGCAGAGAGCAGGAGGCGUCCAUCCACCGCCCCCCACGCGGACCACCAGUUGCGCCGCGUGUACUCGCAGCACACCCCAGACUCUGCCGCUGCUCACUCCGCUGCUCACUCUGCUGCGCAAUCUGCUGCACCAUCCACAGCCUCCUCUCCUGCUAGAGGCUAUUCUGCCGGCAAGGCAAGGCGCGUCGCAUGUCAAGAAAAAGCGUCCAUCACACCGGAGCGAGGGACAAUCCGGAGGGUCAAGUCUCAGCAGCAUGGGGGGGAGCCGGUCGAAGUGGUUCGCCGCAACACCACAGGCCACGGAGCCCCUGCCUCUGCUGUCCGUCUGCCCCGCUCGCUCACAGCCCACCAGCCUUCCAGCAGGUUUGAAGAGCCUCGGUUCCCGGGACAAAGGGCCGGUGUGGUGUCAACCCGGUUACCGCGAUCGCUCACUCAGCAGCCGUCUCAGUGUCGAUCCGACGGCUCACACGCUGUCUCUGCAGCUGCUGCAGACCCGUCAAGAUCAUACAGGUCCUCUUGUUCUGCAGAUGGCUCUGCCAGGUUCCGACGAACCAAGUCCCAGCAGUCAAACCCUGAAGUGGUGGCGCGGCGACAGCAGCAGCAGCAGGAGGAAACGGAGGAGGAGGAGGAAGAGGAGCAACGAGGUGGUGGGAUGGGUGCAGGCAGAGCAUCUGAUGAGCUGUUUCGAAUGCUGGACGCGUUGGCCAAAGAGAGGCCUGAGGACCUGGCCAAGCUGCAGCGCGUGGUGGCACUUCAUCAGCAGCAGCUGGCAGGGCGAGAGGGGAGAGCGGGAGGAGGAGAAGAGAGUGAGGAAGAUGAGGAAGGGGAUGGUGGGGAGGGGAGGAGGAGUGAGAGUUCUAGUAGACGGAGGAGGAAGGGCGGCAAUGAACGCAAGGCUGUUGUCCAUACUGUUGCUCACGCCGAUGCCGAUGCCGAUGCUGCUGCUGAGUAUGUAAAUCUCGCUUCUGACAGUGACUCUGGUGCUGAUGUUGAUGUUUGGGUGAGGGCGUAUGAGGAGGAAGAAGCAGCAGCAGCUGCGGCUGACCCCCACCCAGGAGACCACGUGCUAGGCAGGGAAUACUCCGAUAUAGCAGCCUCGUUUGUGAUUAUAAAGAAGGAGGUGCUGGGGCAGGGAGAGCUGGGCGUGGUGAGGAGGUGUGUGGAGGUAGCAAGCGGCGAGGUGUAUGCAUGCAAGACAGUGGAGAAGCGGGGGAUAGUCACUAGGCAGGAUGCGGGGGAUGUGAGGCGCAUGCUGGCAUGCCUGCAGGCGGCCAGGGGCCAUGCCAAUGUGCUCACGCUCAAGGCUGUGUUUGAAGAUGCCGAGAACAUCCACGUCGUCACGGAGCUCUGUGCGGGCGGCGAGCUGUUCGAUCUGAUUCGGCGCAACGGGCGGCUGAGCGAAGGCGUGUGUGCAUCGGUGUGCAGGGGAGUGGCGGCAGCACUGCAGCACUGCCACCGGCAGGGCAUCAUGCACCGCGAUGUCAAGCCCGAGAACAUCCUUUUGUUGCACCCGCGCUCCAAUUCCCCUGUCAAGCUCUCAGACUUUGGGGUCGCCACUGCAUUUACAAAAGGCAUCCCUCUGAGUGACAUGAUGGGAACGCGAGAGUACAUGGCACCAGAGGUCAUCAACGGCUGCUAUGGCCCAGAAGCCGAUAUCUGGAGCGCUGGAGCCGUGCUCUACAUCAUGCUGUGCGGUGCGUCGCCCUUCCGGGCGACGGCCAAUCACAGCGUGACAGAUGUCAUCCUCAGGAAGCCCGUGAAGCUGAGCUCGGCGCGGUGGAAGGGGGUAUCGGAGGAGGCUAAGGACCUGGUGCUGCGCAUGCUGGAGAGAUCCCCUGCCAGGCGACUCACAGCCAGCCAAGUGCUAGCAUCCUUGGAUCCAAAAGUGGACCUGAAGAGGGAUGGAGGCCACUUGAUCGUGGUGGUGGCAGGGGCGGCAAGGGUGGCAGGGGUGGCGGAGGUGGCGGUGGAGGGAGCGGUGGUGGAGGCGGCGGGGGUGGUGGAGGUGGUGGGGGUGGCCGUGGGGGUGGAGGCGGUGGGUGGGGUGGCGGCAGGACCGGGGGCGGUGGAGGCGGCGGCGGCGGUGGUGGGGGAGGAGGCAGCGGCAGUGGCGGUGGAGGCUUAG